GCGAUGGGCCAAGGGGACGAGAGCGAGCGCAUCGUGAUCAACGUGGGCGGCACGCGCCACCAGACGUACCGCUCGACGCUGCGCACGCUGCCCGGCACGCGGCUUGCCUGGCUGGCAGAGCCGGACGCCCACAGCCACUUCGACUAUGACCCGCGCGCCGACGAGUUCUUUUUCGACCGCCACCCGGGCGUCUUCGCUCACAUCCUGAACUAUUACCGCACCGGCAAGCUACACUGCCCGGCCGACGUGUGCGGGCCGCUCUACGAGGAGGAACUGGCCUUCUGGGGCAUCGACGAGACGGACGUGGAGCCCUGCUGCUGGAUGACGUACCGCCAGCACCGCGACGCCGAGGAGGCACUGGACAGUUUUGGCGGCGCGCCCCUGGACAACAGUGCCGACGACGCGGAUGCCGACGGCCCCGGCGACUCGGGAGACGGCGAGGACGAGCUGGAGAUGACCAAGAGACUGGCGCUCAGUGACUCCCCAGAUGGCCGGCCUGGCGGCUUCUGGCGCCGCUGGCAGCCGCGCAUCUGGGCGCUGUUCGAGGACCCCUACUCGUCCCGCUAUGCGCGGUAUGUGGCCUUGGCCUCCCUCUUCUUCAUCCUGGUCUCCAUCACGACCUUUUGUCUGGAGACCCAUGAGCGGUUCAACCCCAUCGUGAACAAGACGGAGAUUGAGAAUGUUCAAAAUGGCACCCAAGUGCGAUACUACCGGGAAGCAGAAACCGAGGCCUUCCUCACCUACAUCGAGGGCGUCUGUGUGGUCUGGUUCACCUUUGAGUUCCUCAUGCGUGUUGUCUUCUGUCCCAACAAGGUGGAGUUCAUCAAGAACUCACUCAAUAUCAUUGACUUUGUGGCCAUCCUCCCCUUCUACCUGGAGGUUGGCCUCAGUGGCCUGUCUUCUAAAGCUGCCAAGGACGUGCUGGGCUUCUUGCGAGUCGUCCGCUUCGUACGCAUCCUGCGCAUCUUCAAGCUGACCCGCCAUUUUGUGGGCCUUCGGGUCCUGGGCCACACGCUCCGUGCCAGCACCAACGAGUUCCUGCUGCUUAUCAUUUUCCUGGCCCUGGGUGUGCUCAUCUUUGCCACCAUGAUCUACUACGCUGAGAGGAUAGGGGCGCAGCCCAAUGAUCCCAGCGCUAGCGAGCACACACACUUUAAAAAUAUUCCCAUUGGCUUCUGGUGGGCUGUGGUCACCAUGACGACACUGGGCUAUGGAGACAUGUAUCCUCAGACGUGGUCUGGUAUGUUGGUGGGAGCGCUGUGUGCUCUGGCAGGAGUACUAACCAUUGCCAUGCCGGUGCCCGUCAUCGUGAACAAUUUCGGGAUGUACUACUCUUUAGCCAUGGCUAAGCAGAAACUACCAAAGAAAAAAAAGAAGCAUAUUCCACGAGCACCACAGCUGGGAUCUCCCAAUUACUGUAAAUCUGUCGUAAACUCUCCUCACCACAGUACUCAGAGUGACACAUGUCCGCUGGCCCAGGAAGAAAUUUUAGAAAUUAACAGAGCAGAUUCCAAACUGAAUGGGGAGGUGGCGAAGGCCGCGCUGGCGAACGAAGACUGCCCCCACAUAGACCAGGCCCUCACUCCCGAUGAGGGCCUGCCCUUUACCCGCUCGGGCACCCGCGAGAGAUACGGACCCUGCUUCCUCUUAUCAACUGGGGAGUACGCGUGCCCACCUGGUGGAGGAAUGAGAAAGGAUCUUUGCAAAGAAAGCCCUGUCAUUGCUAAGUAUAUGCCGACAGAGGCUGUGAGAGUGACUUGACCAGGCGGCUUGGCCGAGGACACUGGUGGCUAUUAAGCAUCUGGGUGGACCUGCAGCCCCUCCUCACCCUCGGACAGAGUAAAUUCACGCCAUGCAGGUUUGCCGGACGAGUCCGAGUGGCCCAGGCAUUGUACUAAGACGGACGUAGCUUUUUCUACGGCCAUUGGUAACUGACCGUAGAGGAUCGCCCUUCUUUCUUUUCAUUUUUCUUAGAAGUUACCUUUUCUUUGGGGAGGGGGGUGAAGGGAAGCCUUAGCAUGACUUGCAUGAAGUUAAACAGAAAACCCAGCUAAACCAAACCCACCAGCUCCUGCUGUGACUGUAUGAUUACCCUCACCACCACCAAGAAUGGAGAGAAGUCAAGGGUCCUUUCUUUCAGCGCUCUUUAUUUUGACACAUGGAGUCGGAGCCAAACUGUAAUGGCGCUUGGUAGAAAUCUGUACAUUUCUGGGAGUGGGGGGACAAGGAAGAAGGAUGGGGCCGGGGAAUGGAUUGCUGUUUGUACACAAGACCCAGAGGAAAGGUUUCAAAAAGGUAGUCAGUCAUUGGUCACAUUGACCUCACCUUCGUAGCUCAACUCUCACGUGGAAAACAGAGAACUUUGCUCCGAAUAGAACUGUGGGAACUCACAUUGCCGCUCUCUUCCAUCUCUGGCAUGCUUGUGACUCAGCGGACGUCUCCCCAAGACCCCGACAAGCGGCUAGUUUAGGUUGAUUCUCAUCUCAGUGUGUAGAUCCAGUGUAACCAAGUUUCAUAAUGAAUUGUUCAUAGUUACAGCAUAUGGAUUUUCCAAUGUCAUUUUAAAACCAGGAUGUAGAGUACCUCCAGUUCAGGACCACCUGAGGAGCACCUCCUCUCCACCUUUGCUAAGGCAUAACCUGGCACUGUAUGCAAUUUAGUACUUCAACGUAAAAAAAAAAAAACCAAACAAAAACUGCAUGCCCAAUGUUAUGCAAAGAGAUUCGAGCAUGAAAUAAAUUUUGUAACAUGGUUUCUGUCUAGUCUAAAGCAGAUUUGUUUUUCUGAAGCAAUCGGAGGUUUGCAGAGACGCACUUCUGCAUCUUGAAUAAAUAUAGUAUUUUCCCAACAGAAACAGAGGACAGUAGCUUGGCUUUGGUCUGAUUCUAAAAUUAGUGUGUGUGGGGGAAAGGAUGAUAUUUUUGAAAAACACAUGCU